AUGGACGACUUGAUUUUCAAAGAGACAGUAGCUCAAUGUAAAAGUGUCACUGAAAACACCACUUGUCUGGAAAUCUUCUCUUAUUCGGACCAGCGGCUUAAUACUGUGACAGAGGAGCCAAUCGAUCCGGAAACUAGAUUGUUUUCAAGUUUCUUGGAAAGGAAAGAUGGCUUCUCACCAUCACAUUUACCAAAAGAGGUCACUGUACUUGGUGGCUUGAGGAUGAUAGUUCAAGAAAACGCCAACCAUCCGCAAGGCUUCUUGCCUAGCAUGAUAACCAUGGGAUUUGAUGCCUACAUUUCCAUGUUUGACAAGUUUCGUCUUCCCAAAAAGGCAAUAGAGAGCUCUGCGGCGACUGGCCUUCUCUUCUGGUUCGACAUGUAUCAUGAAAAGAAUAACUGUUUCCUACAAAUGCUCUACCGCAAGUCCUUCUCCAACAACAACGGCACAACCAACUGCUUUGAAAUAAUCCUCAGCCACGACUUCGCAAGCCGCAUCACAAGUGGCUUCUGCCGCGCCCAAAGCAACAGCGUUCAAAAACCAACCCUCUCGCUAUCCCUAACCAUGCUCAAAAAAUGCGUCACCGAAAUAUCACAUCCCCUAAUGUUCCCGCUCAUCCACUCCGCCCACGAUCUCGACGACGCAGAGACGAAGCAGCGUAAGACCGAAAUCUGGCUCCGCGAACACGCGGAAACAACGCUUAUGCAGCGACAGACCAGCCGACGCAAGACUUUCACCGAAGACGAGCACGCGGAUCUAGAUGCUAUUAAUCGGGAUCUAGCGAGUUGCCAGCGGCGGAUCUUGUGGAUUGUGUCGCUGGCACGACGUGGAUUAAGCGAGUCUUUUCAGGAGGCCAGCGAGCUUUUCUUCCAGACCUUCUGCGAGAGCAGUACUGAUGCGAAGAAGACUCGGAUGUUGAUGCUCCAUCGAAGCGUGAUGUCUCGAUUGGGGUUUCAUAAGAGGAGAUGGGCGGGUGCUGUGGCGGGUGCGGAGAAUACUAUGCAUAGGCUUGAGAUUCAGAGGACGGUGUUACAUAGUCUUAUGACGCAAAAUGAUAGUAGAUUGAACCUACGCAUGGCUAGAGAGCAGAAAAAACUCGCUCAAACUGCUAAGCGAGAUUCGGAUGCUGUGAGGGGUCUUACGUUGUUAGGUCUGAUAUUUAUACCUGGUUCUUAUAUUGCUUCCAUCUUCUCCACCUCCUUCUUCGAUUUCAAAGAUGCAGCAACUUGGGACGCGGUCGUCUCGCCCCGCUUCUGGAUUUUCUGGGCUGUGAAUGUACCAGUGACAUUGUUGAUUCUGGGGACUUGGUAUCUGUGGGUGAUGAGGAGGGAUGGGAGAUAUGAGGAGUUUGGGGAGGAGGGGAAGAGAGAGGAGUGA